CUGGAAACGUCUUUGACUACGCCAAGUGAAGCUACUGAGCGAGAGGUCAGGACUUCACAGUUGCAUGCAUCUGCUCCAAGGACGGGAAGUGUCAUGCGCGUCUGUCCCGAAAAACGAAAGGAAAGUCCAUCUGGCUUGUCAACAAGACAGAAACGCCACCGGGCCGGUCGCGCAGAGCCUCAUAGAGAAGUGAUGAAGACAAUCCACUUUGAGGAAGUCUUUCAGAACGGGUCUGCUGCAACCAAACAUGUCAUCGUUAGGUUUCCAGCAGACGAUGGUGCAUGGUAUAUUCUUCGAUGCGACAAGCAUGGUCUCACUUUUAAAGACAAAACGAUCGAGAGCGCUACGGCCCACCUGGCUGGUGGAGAGCAUGGCCGGCUGUCGAAAGAGCCCGCCGAAGUUAUCGAGCAACUUGGAGUUCAGGUUCUUGAUUGCAACGAGACCCUGGCUGACAAGAACAACACAGUAGCUCUGGAAGCAUUGCGAAAGGAACACGAGCAGGGUGCUGCUCACAACAGGCCCCUACGGGAAAAAAUCUCGCCUUCUCACAGACCCACCAGGCAGAGUCGAAGGCGACAUCAUGGCGAUAGUAGGCGGCAACGCGAUCAAGAUUUCGACGGCAUUAUAGACCCAAGACCUGGCGACGUAUAUCUCGCUUUCUGGGAGAAGUCUAAGGAAUGGUUGGCCGUCCUCCUCCUCCCCCUGACAGAGCUGGAUAACGUUGGCGUCCGAAACAAUCUUCGAGAUUUAGGUCUAGCAGAGGACGUGCCAGGAUGUUAUGACUAUGACAACCGGACCAACUGUUUUAGGUGGCGGGAAGGAUACAGAGAUGGAGAGUCGUCUGUCAGAGAGCGUGAGUUUCCCGUCAUGUACUUUGACGGGCAGGACUUCCCGGCCAGGAGUGCAGUGGGCUGGGUAGCUGCCAAAGAUUUGCGCACCCUCGAUGUAAAUGCUGCUCAGUCUUCUCUGGUUCCGCAUUUUCAAUCAGUGCGGAAAUUCCUGCGAGACCGUGCAGCGCCGCCGCAAGCGGAGGUCAUCGUCGCGAGUUCUGGCGUGGACAGAACCGAUUCAUUCAACGGUAUGUCGCCAUAG